AUGCCCACCACCUCAACCUCCACCUCACCCAACACCUCACAAUCAGACCAAACCUCCCUCACAACCACCUUUCCACACCCAAACUCACACCCACACCUACAAUUACCAGCAUCACCACCUCUCCUCAUCCCCUCCGCGCACCACGAAACAACCGAACUCCUCCAAACCCUCACGCACAUCCGCACGCACCUCCAUCGCGCCUCGCACCUCUACACUCAAAAAGCAGCAUUUCUCGACACCCCAGAGCGGCAAUGGAUUGAAACUACGAUCGCAGAUACCGCUGACGCAGUGCAUGCGUUAGCGGUGCUGGUUGAACCGGUGCGUGUGGAAUGGGAGGUCAGGAAUCAGCAUCAUCACAGUAAAAAGGGGAGUAAACGGGUGUCAAUGGGCUUGGGGACGCAGUUAAAGUGGCUGUGCAGGGAUGGACAGAGAGCGAAGGUACAGAGAGGACGGUUGCUGGUUUGCUAUUCGAGUUUGAUGGUGGUUUUGGAGAGGUUGAUGGGGGUGGGUUGUGAUGAGGGAGGGAAGUUAGAAGGGAGAGGGGGUGGUGAGGAGAUGGGGGUUGAGGUGGAGGUGCAGGAGUUGCCAGGGGAGGGAGCUGCUGGUGUUGGUGGUGGGGAGGUGAGUUUGGGGAUGAAGGGUAGCACAGGAGGAGGACUGGGGUUAGAUGUUGGGGAUGAGAUGCGGGAUUUGCUACGCUGGAGGCAGGCGAAGGGGAAAGAUACUUAG